AUGAUGCAGUCUUUCCCCUCCAAACGGAUCCCUGUGGUAUACAACAUACCAGCUCCCAAUGAUUCUGAACAUGGAUCUGGACAGAGUCUGAAUUUUCAUCAUCUCCAGUCUCCUCAAAAAGAAAUCUCAUGUGUGCAACAUUCUUUCUUCAAGCGGAUGAAUUUACAUUUCUGGAGAAGAUGGCUUCUAGGAAUGUUACCUCUGACUUCCUUAGCAGUCACUGUACUCGUGUUGGUCCUGUACUAUUCAUUAUCUCCAGCAUUCUCCUUUAUCUAUAUUGGUGGAAGUGUAGAAAUACGUAACUUGACCUAUACAAGUGACCUCACUGAUCCAAAGUCACAGAAAUUUAUAAGGCAAGCAGAAGCAAUCCAGAACUAUUUUUCAGAACUAUAUGAGUCUUCUACGUUAGGGAAAUAUUACUUGAAAUCUGUUGUUGCUGCGUUUAGUGAAGGAGAAGAUGGUCUCCGAGCUUACUACUGGAAUACAUUCUGGGCACCGCAAGAGAUAGCACAUUCUUUCAAAAAACUAACCUCACUGAAAAUAAUCAGAAAACAUACACUUCAGACUACUAAUUCUUCUGCUGAAUCCUUUCCUGUGGAAGAGGAUUUUGAUCUCUUAACAAUGGAGCUUUUUGUUUCAGAUUCUUCAGACUAUGAUGUGACACUGAAGUCAGCGGUAUCCUUCGACUUGUAUGCAAAGCCAGGUAACAACAGGACUUUAAUUUUGAUGAAUCCCAAGAAAUCUUUUUAUCAGUGGAGGCUGCGUGUUCCUUCUAACUAUAUUGUGAGACUUGUAGUCCUUACUCUGCAUGGUGUCACUCCAGGGAGUUGUGCAUCACACAGAUUAUCUGCAUAUGAUUUUCUUCUUCCUCUUCAGAACAAGAUCAUUACAAGAUGGUGUGGAGUACCAGGGGCCUGGAGUCCUCCUGUCAUACGGUUAACUUCAUCAAGUAAUGUUAUGCUGGUCACCUUCUCACUGGACAGAAGAAAAGAGAGUAACAUGCUAAAAGCAUACUUCCAAGCUAUUCCUAAAGUUGUCUGUGGUGGGCGUUACAUCUCUUGGAAUGGGACAGUGAGCUCUCCUUAUUAUCCAAGCUACUAUCCACCAAACAUUGACUGCAGCUGGCUAAUCAGAGCACCCCUGCCUGGGUAUAAGUUGUCGCUAAAAGUCCUUGUCAUACAAAUUCAAGAGAAGUCUCCAGGGUCCAAUAAAUGCGAUAAGGACUGGUUAGAAAUUGAUGGAGUUAGAUAUUGUAAAGCUAUUGCUGAAAGCAACAGAAACAAGGAAUAUGGCUAUUCAGUUGCGAUUAAUUUCCAUUCAGAUGAACUGGUCACGCAGAGAGGGUUUUAUAUUGAAUAUAAAGCUUUCAGUCACGUGGACCCAUGUCCUAGACAAUUUAAAUGUACAGACAGAAAAUGCAUUCCUUUAAAUAAUCAGUGUAAUGGCUGGAAAGACUGCUCAGAUGGCAGUGAUGAAUUAGACUGUGGCUGUAGUCCAGAGGAGUCUAACUGUGGUGAUGGGAAGUGUAAAAACCGUUCAAAGACAUGCAAAGGGGACGACAGUUGCGGAGAGGAUAGUGAUGAAAAUGAUUGCCCCUAUAAAAGUUCUUCCUCAUAUGCAUAUAAAUGCCUGAAUGGAAAAUGCCCCACAAAACCAAACCCAGAAUGUGAUGGAAUAAGAGACUGUGGAGAUGGAUCUGAUGAAAUGAACUGUGCUUGUGGAAGAAUCCUGUUAAAAAAAUCUAGAAUUGUUGGAGGUGAAGAUGCAAGAUCUGGAAAGUGGCCUUGGCAAGCAAGCUUGCAGAUGGGAAUGUAUGGCCAUAUUUGUGGUGCAUCUGUUGUUUCAAAUAGGUGGCUGUUAUCUGCUGCCCAUUGUUUUCUGGACUCUGAUUCUAUAAGAUACUCUGUGCCUUCUGGCUGGAAAGCGUAUAUGGGCAUAAGGAUCAUUAACAAAAACAGCAAUCAUGUAGCUAUGAGAUCAAUCAAAAGGAUUAUUGUCCAUCCACGGUUACCUUGCCAAAACACUGCAAGAAGCUAAAGUGAAAAUAAUUAAUCAAAGUAUUUGCAACAAGCUAUAUGAUGAUCUGAUUACAUC